AUGCCGCGGCACGCGCAGGUGACGGUGCGGCACGGGCCGGCCCGCAGCCGCCGCGGGGCGCCGCGAAAUGGCGUCUGGCGCCUGCGGGGGCUGCGAGCUGUCCUGGAAGCAGAUGGCCACGAAGUCACUCUAGAAGAGAUACCAGACUGGAAUACUGUGGAACUCAUAGUUAAUGGGGAGAUCGUGUUUCGCUGCGACAUCAAUGACCUAGACUUUGGAGGUGAUGGCAAGUUGGAUCCGCUUUGUGAAGAAGCCAGAAAAGCAGUGUUGAAUGCUUACUGAUUUACAGGGACACCUUUUCUUUUACCCUGUUUAUCCCUUAGGUAAUUAACUUACAUUACAAACGUACUAGAAACGUCAAGAUGGUGGUUCUUAAAACUUGUAUGUGUCUUAGUAAGCCUCUAGAUUAGAAUAUUUGUUGUAUCCAUGUGUGAACCUGUUACCAAWAUGUUAUCUUCUUCAGAACUAUUCAUAUGUUACCAACUGAAUAUUACAGAUGCACGUAGAACUGAGUUGCAUGUAUUUCUAAUCAUUUGAUUUUAAUUAAAAGAGUCAAACUACAGAAUAUCUUGCAUGCUUUCCACUUUCAGAAAGUUUCCUGUGUUAAAGAUGCCA